AUGACUUCAAACCACCUCGCCACUGAGCUGCCAAGCUGGUCGAAGCUGCAGCAGCUGCACGACGCCAAAGGGGCCAAGUACGAUCUGCGUCAAGCGUUCAAAGCUGAUCCCAAGCGGUUUGAGAAGUAUUCUGAGCAGUUCAAGGGAACAAAGACUGAUGCAUCUCUGCUUGUCGACUACUCCAAGAACCUCAUCGAUGAUGAAGUGUUGAAGACCUUGCUCGACUUGGCCCGCGAGGCCAAGGUGGAGGAGCAGAGGGAUGCCAUGUAUGCCGGAGAGAAGGUCAACUCUUCUGAAGGUCGCUCUGUUCUUCACAUUGCUCUGCGAGACCUGCCCGAGAAGUUCAAGCCCAAGGCAGAAGGUGUGGACGAGGUCAAGCCCGAAUUGGAGCACAUCAAGGCCUUCUCUGAUGCAGUGCGCUCCGGCUCGCACAAGGGCUACAGCGGCAAGCAGAUCAAGUCCAUCGUCAACAUCGGUAUCGGAGGAUCUAACCUAGGCCCUCUGAUGGUGACUCAAGCACUCAAGCCCUAUGCCAAAAAGGAUCUCGACGCUCAUUACGUCUCCAACAUUGAUGGUACUCACUUGGCCGAGGCUCUGCGCGCUUGCGACCCAGAGACAACAGUCUUUAUCAUUGCGUCCAAGACCUUCACUACUCAAGAGACCAUCACCAACGCAAAUUCUGCACGUGACUGGUUCUUGAAAACUGCCAAGGAUGAGAGCCACAUCUCAAAGCACUUCGUUGCGCUUUCAACCAACGUGAAGGAAGCGACUGCCUUUGGGAUCGACAAGGCCAACAUGUUCAAGUUCUGGGACUGGGUCGGUGGACGAUACUCCUUGUGGUCUGCCAUCGGUCUCAGCAUUGCCAUCGUGAUUGGCUACGAGAACUUUGAGCAGCUCUUGCUUGGCGCGCAUGAGCUCGAUGUGCACUUCAAAGAGGCGCCUUUGGAGAAGAACAUUCCAGUCCUCCUCGCUACCAUUGGCAUCUGGUAGGUUGCACACUUUUCACGCUCUGCUGUGCUGAGAUCUCACCUCACAUCAAUUGGCCUUUUUGACAGGUACAACAAUUUCUUUGAUGCUCAAUCCUACGCUCAGCUGCCUUAUGACCAGUACAUGCACAGGUUCGCUGCCUACUUUCAGCAGGUGAGAUCCAACGGGUUGCGGGAGCCUGCGGUAUUCUCAGACUGACUCCAGACAUCGCCAUCGCUUUCAGGCAAGCAUGGAGUCUCUUGGCAAAGGCGUCGCAAAGAAUGGCAAGCGAGUCGACUACCAGACUGGUGAAGUGCUUUGGGGCGAGCCCGGCACUGAUGGUCAAGUGAGUGCAGAACUUUUUGCUCGCGCCGAAUUUGAAGAGCUGACGCAAGUCCUUCACCUUCUCGUCACCCUAGCACGCAUUCUACCAGCUCAUUCACCAAGGCACUAAGCUGAUUCCUUGCGACUUCAUUGCUCCUAUUGAGACUCAGAAUCCCCUCGGCAAACACCACGACAUUCUCUUGUCCAACUUCUUCGCUCAGCCCGAGGCUCUUGCAUUUGGCAAGACGGCCGAAGAGGCCAAGGGCGAGUUGAGCGCCCAAGAUCAAUCCAACGAUUUCUUGAUUCAGAGCAAGAUUUUUACGGGUAACAGACCAACGAACAGCAUCUUGGCUCAAAAGAUCACUCCUGCCACUCUGGGUGCUCUGAUCGCUUUGUACGAGCACAAGAUUGCUGUGCAAGGUUUCAUCUGGAACGUCAAUGCCUACGAUCAAUUCGGCGUCGAGCUGGGCAAGGUGCUCGCGAAGAAAAUUUUGCCUGCUUUGGAAGCUGGAGACCCCAACAAGCCUGGUGACCACGACUCUAGCACCUCUGGCCUCAUCUCUUACUACCUAAAGAACAGAAAAGGUCACUGA